UGCGCUUUCAGCAUUCCCAUAUGGUGUUUGUGACAUCAAGAACAAACCAAGCUUGGUAAAGAAUGUCAAUCUUAGUGAUUACCAUUUACGCCAAUCAGCAUCACAAAUGUGGUGUCUUUCUAGAAUCCUGCCAUUUUUGGUUCACAAAUGGAUACCAGAAGGAAAUGAUGACUGGGAAUUGUUCACUGAUUUAAUGCAUAUUGUUGAUAUAUUGUUUGCCCCAGUGAUUGAGAAAGGUACUACACUCUAUCUUCGGCUCAUAAUCAGCGAGUAUCUGGAACAGUUUAAAAGGCUCUAUCCUGAAAGGAAACUUAUUCCAAAACAGCAUUUCAUGGUUCAUUACCCAAACCAAAUUCUAAGAUAUGGACCCCUUGUGCGCAACUGGUGCAUGCGCUUUGAGGCUAAGCAUCAUUAUUUUAAGCUUUUGGCGCAGACUGUAGGUUGCUUCAAGAAUAUAGCAAAGACAUUAGCUACCAGGCACCAACGGCUUCAGUGUUACUGGCUUAGUGACAGUGAUGGCUAUUUAAGGAGUGAUACUGAGGUUGGACCAGGUAAAGUUUUUUAUGUGAAGGAUCUGGAAGAGAAAGAAUGCACCUCACUGUGCCAGUUGGGCAACAAUUUGGAUCAGAAUUCAACUGUGACACUGUAAGUUUGUUCUUAUAUAUGGUAAAAAUUAUUUAAAACUGGACUGAAAAGUGA